CGGAAGUGUGUAUGGUGUAAACAAACGAGUCAUCAAGUAGUGUUGAGAAUGAACCACCGUUUUAAGUGUUAGACUGUGUUUUCAUAAGUAACAAAUCGACGUGUUGAGGAUGGCGCGGUGUUGUUAGUGAUAUUUUAAAUUAGAGGGUGCGGGCUGUGUGUAAACAGCAUCAUGCCUUAUCUGGGCAGUGAGGACACGGUGAGGGAGCUGAGGAGAGCUCUGUCCAACCCCAACGUCCAGUCUGACCAGCUGCGCUACAGGAACACCAUCCUCAAAGUCAUCAGGGCGAUGUCACAGGGUGUGGAUGUAUCAGGCCUGUUUAGUGAGAUGGUAAAAGCGUGUGCCACAGUAGACAUAGUCCAGAAGAAACUGGUCUACGUCUUCCUGUGUUCCUAUGCCACUUUAAACCCCGAGCUGUCUCUGCUGGUCAUCAACACACUGAGGAAAGAUUGUCAGGAUCCAAACCCCAUGGUCCGCAGCCUGGCCCUGAGGAACAUGACCAACCUCAGGUUACCCAGUCUGGUGGAAUACGUGGAGCAGCCUCUGACAGCAGGACUGAGGGACAGAGCAGCUUGUGUACGACGAGUGGCCGUGCUCGGCUGGGCCAAACUGCACAACCUCCAACCCAACUCUGAGAUAGAUGCUGCAGUGGUGAAUGAGCUGUACAGCCUGCUGAGGGACCCUGACCCAGUGGUGAUGGUGAACUGUCUUCGAGCUCUGGAGGAGAUCCUGAGGGAGGAGGGAGGAGUCGCUAUUAAUAAACCUAUCACCCACCACCUCCUCAACAGGCUCAAGGAGUGUGAUGUUUGGGGUCAGUGUGAGGUGCUGAGGAUCCUCCAGCGCUACCGACCUCAGUCAGAGGACGAGCUGUUUGACAUCCUGUCCCUGCUGGAUGCCGCCCUGGUCAGCCCCCAUCCCCCAGUCAUGGCUGCCACCCUCAGCCUCUUCCUAAGCCUCUGCUCCACCCUGCCUGCUGUCAGUCUGGCAGCCCUGGAGCGAGUCCGGGGACCCCUGCUGGCUGCCUGUGGGAGCGUGUCCAGAGAGAUGAGGUUCACUGCCCUCUGCCACAUACAGUUGCUGUUGCGUUCCCUCCCUGGCCUGAUGGGGGCGCACUACAAACGUUUUUUCUGCGGGUAUGCAGAGCCAGCCUACAUCAAGCAAAGGAAGAUGCAGGUGCUGGUCGAGCUGGUUAAUGAUGAGAAUGUAGCAAUGUUACUGGACGAGCUGAAAGGAUACUGCACUGAUGUCAACACUGACACUGCCCAAGCUGCAAUCUCAGCUAUAGGUCGUAUUGGACGGAGCUACAGCGACAGGUGUCUGGAGAUCCUUACUGGACUGCUCGGGCUCAAACAGGAGCACAUCACUUCUGCGGUGGUGCAGACAAUGCGUGACCUGGUCUGGGUGUGUCCUCAGUGUAGUGAAACUGUGUGUUUGGCUCUGGAGGGCUGCGAGGAGACGCUGCAGGAUAGCCAGGGCAGGCAAGCCUUGCUGUGGUUGCUAUCUGUGUACGGGGAGCGAGUCUCCAGUGCCCCCUACACGUUGGAGGUGUUCAUUGAUGGAGUGAGGAGCGAGACCUCUCUAGGAGUCAAGAUGGAGCUGCUGACAACUACCAUGAGGCUGUUUAUGUGCCGGCCUGCUGAGACACAAGACAUGCUCGGAAGGCUACUGCACUACUGCAUAGAGGAGGAGACUGAUAUGUGCGUGCGUGACCAAGCGCUUCUCUACUACCGCCUGCUGCAAUGUGGGAUAGAGGAGACACGAAAGGUCCUCCAGGGUCGGAGGUCAGACCCUUCCCUGGGUGUUCUGAUUGGCCGCCCCGCAGAGCCCAUCAGCCAAUGGGCAAGCAGCUUCAACACUCUAGAGCCUCUGAGGCAGGGCACUGUAGAGACAGAGUCAGCCAGCAGAGGAAGCCCUGAACAUGCAAGCUUUGACCCCAAGCCAAACACUGACCUCUCAGACACACUGGACUGUAGCCAAAUUGAGAGAGUGCAUUCAGCGUCCUAUCAUUCUUCCUCUCUUCAUCCUCCCAUGUCUUCUUCAGGCUCAGACAGUACCAGUGGGUGUACAGACUCCUCUGCUGAUGUCCUGGCUUCCAGUGUCGCUGUCCCUCUCAGUUUGUCCCUCUCCCCGGCUCUCAGCCCAGAGGAGUUUGAGCGUCUUUGGCUGCAGCGACUGGCUCUGCAUGCUGAACGAGGUGCGGAGAAACUAGAAGAGGAGGAUUAUAUUUGCUUUGAAGAACGCAUCCACUGCCCUGCGAUACCUCAGUGUUCACCACAAAGUCUUCAGGCUGCGAUGCAGCUGGUCAAUAUCCAGACAAUGGCCUUCACACCACCGCACACACUCCCCUGGAGGGUCUACCUGUACACACACACACAGCAAGGACACUCUGGUGACACACCCCACAGCACGCUCAUACUUGGGGAGCUGCUGUACACUGGAGAGGGAAAUCAGAGGGCAGUAGUUACAAAAGGCAUAGAUGGUGGAGAAGUGGUGGAGGGCAGUGAAGAGGAGCUGGUGAAAGAGGGGGAGGAAGCUACAGCUUAUGGGCUGAGCAGGAGGGAGUCAGCGAGAAAAGAUGGAGAAGAGCAGGAUGUAAAAGUGACUCUUAAGCAGCAACCAAGAGAUGACAAAGCUCUGAAGGGGUUUCUCUCUAUCCUUACCACUGUGCUGCACACAUUGUCCUCAGAGAGAAAUUAAAUAUGCAUUACACCAACACAUGGUGUACUUCUAAAGAAGACACUCACUGACCACAUUCAUUUCCUAAUCAUAUCUGUAAAAUAGCUCCUAGGACAGUGGUUCUUAACCUUUCUCAUGCCAUAGACCUCUGAAUUGAUACACAUGGGUUAAUGGACCCCCAUUUGAUAAGAUUUUGCUUCAGGAACCCCCAUUUGAAAAGAUUUUGGUCAUUAGAUAUUCAGACCACAAUUGUAGAGCUGUAAACCACAGUUGAGGACAUAAAUGUGGAGGAAGUGAAACCUAUGUUCAGAAUAGCCACUUCUAAUAACUGAGUCAUAGUUUCCGUGUCUCCCAGGAUCUGCUUUGGUGUAGGUCACGUAAAUGUCGUCAUCCACCCAUGUCUGUGAGGGUCCACACGGACCCUUAUGUGGAAGUCCAUGUGCAGCCUCUUUAAGACUGGAAUUUUACGUUGUUAUUCCGCCAUGCUGCUCUUUAUAAAAUGAACAGUCGCGGAAUGGGGGACAGUGUUGUCUCGCCUUGUAGGCAGCAUUAGCUGUAGUAGCAGAGCCAAAAUGACUUCUGGGUAAAAGAGACAGCUGGCAGGAUGGGAUCAUGGGCGGCAUCGAUGUGACCUUUUAAUGAUGUGUUAUGCAUGUGACCCUCCGUCAGGAGAUUUAAAAAGUAGCUGUUAGCAGUUAGCAACUAACUUGAAGAGGAAAAACAGCAGCCGAUAAUGUCCACAAACUGGGAGAACAAUGAGGUCCAGGAGCUCCUCACUCUCUGAGCAGAGGACGAGAUCAGCUGCCAUACAACAGGGACAGUAAAUGAUGUUAAGCCUUUGUUAUUGUUUGUGAAGCGCUGCUGACAUGUAUGUUAUAUGUCACACGCCCGUCACUCCUCUUUUGCUUCAGCGAUGCAGGCAUGCUUCCUAAAAUCAAACACUGGAGCGGCAUGAUGCUGCUGUCAUUUGGUUCUGUGUAAAAAUACAAAGGCAGCAUAAAGAAGGGACUUCGUUGCGUUGUCUUAGUUUCACUUCCAUACGAAGUUGACUGUGGGAGGACAGUAAGCUCUCCUUCCAGCCCUCCCAUUGGGGGUUGAUGCAGACCCUCAACUGUACUAUGAAUAGAAUCGCAUCUGCGUGACCGCAGCUGUCCACAGACAUUCAAUGCAGAAAGUUUGUCAAGCUGUUAAGACUCUUAACCUACGACACAGUGGAGCACAAAGGCUCUGGAGAAGAAGCUGAGUUAGUGACAUGCAGUACAGCCGAGUUAGCGAAAUGCACUGGAUGACAGUGAGUAAAUGAAAUGUUAGAGAUUUGAUCGUUAAGGGAUGAUAUUUGUGGUUGAUGUCAUUAGGGGUACGCACACAUUUCCCACCCAACGCAAAAAAAAUGAUCACAAUACUAGGACAGAGAACUGGAAAAAUGCACCAGUGUAGCAGUGAUAACUUGGGUCUGUCUCAACCUUCCAUCAGCAGAGUGAUCACACUGACUAUGAUACUUUCACAGUCAGCAGUUCAUUUCAUUUCCAUUGGGUGUCCACACCUUAUAUGCUCACAGAAGGGUGUGUCUCUGACAACCAAUCUGUUGUAUAUCUAUUGUAUGUUUGGUAUUGUGUUGUAUUGUAUGUUCUGUGUUGUGGCUGCAGCAUGGGCGAACAGCCCAGAACAAAUUUCUCACUUUGUGAGACAACAAAGUUAAUCUUGAAUCUUGAAUCAAUCACAUCUGUUAAAAGCAAGCAUGGCACCUAGCAAUCAACUUCACCUCCUCACUAAGGUAAAAGCCUCUGUCACUUCCUUGCUCAAAGUUGCUGUGAGAACUUUCCUAAAUCACUCCUAAACUAGGACUCCUUACUAAAAAUGUUAAGGAUAAUGGGAUUUAUGGUUGUGUGUAAACCCUACGCAUGUAACCCAUGCACGUCACCGUCGUGAGCAUUUUUACUUCUGCGGUGGUGUCUGUGUCACUCUGCAGUCACACCUCUAAAACGCUAGAUGGCAGUGGAGGUUUCUGUUAAAUGCUGUUAAGUUUAGUUGAUUCAAAACACACAACACAUUAAAUAUGGCUUAAUAGAGACAAUUUCAAACACAAGUAUGCAAAUUGGCUUCACUUUAAAUCGCAGCAUUCACAGACAAACACUUGUCUUUAUCUGGACACAUUUUCCCCACAAAUACAACAUGCUAACGUUAUUAGCACAAGCCUAUGGCAUUUUACAUUAAAUUAGCCUAGCAACAAGCAAUCUUUCCCUCUUCUCAUAUAAAAUGUGGGACAACAGCAACAUUUAACGGCACUCAAUUUGGCUCCGUUAAAACUCACAAGAUUCACAGACAAAACAGCUGUCACACUAAACACGUUAUCCAAAAAAAUACAACAUGCUAACGUUAAUUAGUCUAGCAACGAGCAGAGAUUUCCUCUUCUCAUAUGAAACCUGGAUAAAUCCCGAAGUAUAAGUCCCUGAAGGAUAAAUCAAACACAAGACUUAAAAUGCUAUUUUAUUGGAGGUUCUACUGUCUUCACAAUUUAUUGUUUCUUAUCUGUGAAAUACAAGUAAAUGCUUCGUUUCCACUAAAGGAAAUGGUGUCAGUAUACAGAAACGGACAGGAGGACUGCGUCACCGCGAUGCGUACAAUUCUUGGGGGGGUGCGUGUCAGGCUUCAGCGUAGGUUAUGGCAUAGGCUGUACGUCGACGUGGAGCCUACGCCGUGGCUAUGACGUCAAUUCAACGCAGAAGUAUAAAUUAGCUUUAAGUUAGCUUUCUAAAGGAUUCUCAGAAUGUUUGUGAAUACAGCCCCAGGAAACCAGACCGAGGGGGUGUCAGUAAGUGGUAAAACCACUUCACUUUUCACCUCGCACAUUUUAAGACCUGAGAUAAUUGAUGUGAGAGUGAAGUCCUUUACAGAAGUAAAUUGUGAAUAAACAAGACUGCAUUCAGUAAACUUGAGCCAUACAUCACUUCCAUUUGCUGUAAUCUUUCACAGCCAUAAGUAGAUGAAAGAAUAGUUUGGGUUUGUCAAAAGUUUGGCCUGAUGGGAAUAGGACUAGUCUCACUGUACCAAAAUCAGCUUCUCCUUUUUCUUCUCUUUCUCCCCUGAGACUGACAGAAAAUAAUUCUCACUGAAAAAAACAUGCACUGAUGGAACCACCUUCCUCAUUCACAGUAUGCAAAUGCAUAAGAGCCUCAACUGAAAGGAAGCUGCUGUGGAUUGUAUUUUUGUGUGUACACCAGUGAGCUGCUGUCAGAGCCUCCCCUGUGUCUUGCCUUACUCUUGAUUGUAGAUUAUAUUUUACUGAUUUUAUUGUAGGCUACAUUAGAGGCUGUCAUCAUGAUAGUAGCUGGGUGAAGGCAAGCAAACGCAUGAACUGACCCAAAAUAAAACAAAUUGG